UUUAGUAAAACAAAUUUGUUAAAAAAUUGUUUUAUCUCUUUUUACUCUAAAAUUUGGGUCCGAAUUAUUAUUUAGACAUCAAACUUGAUUUUAUUGGGAAAUUUAAAAUCCAAAAUCUUAAUCGCGACAGUAUACCAACAAUUUCCGCACAUGGGUUCUGCGGAAGACGAAAAACCGUCUGGACCUGUGCUUUGAUACAGUCAAAACAUGGCGGAAAGAAAAGGCGGUGGGAAAGGGAAAGAGAAGUCAAAAGUUGCUAAUGAACGAUCUGGGAAGACACUCUCUAAACAAGAUAUAUGCGUGGGAGAAGAAUUAAAAAUAGCUGUUACACUUGCGGUUGAUCGUUUUCGAGGCAACGAAGACGAAAAGGAAUUAGAGUUUCCAUCUUCACUAACCGCUAACGAGCGAGCCUAUGUUCACCGCUAUUGCCAAGAUCUUGGACUUAUCUCAAAAAGCCGCGGCAAGGGAAAUAAAAGAUAUUUGACUGUGUACAAGGUUAAAGAAGAAUCAGCAAUUGUCAAAUGCAAAUUAAGUAUCACUAAGAGUAGUUCAAGUACUAUCAACUCCUUACUGAGUAAUUUUCCAGUUACUAAUCGAGAUCGACAUGAACUGUCUGGACAAAAGUUGCAUAAAGGUAUUAUUAACGAGCAGAGUAAAAUACUAGCAAGGGAAAACCGGCUAGUUUUGGGGAAUGGUCCCCAUGUGCCACCUGAAGCUGUUGAAGGCAAUGAAUUUAGUGCAGCAGCACAAUCCCUUCCAAUAUAUCACCAAAAAGAGGAAAUCUUAAAUGUCAUAGAAGAGAACCAGGUUGUGUUAAUAGCAGGGGAGACUGGGUCUGGAAAGACAACUCAGGUUGGUAAAUUUAUUCUGGAAAAACAUCAUCUGACGAAACAACCAUGCAGAGUAAUUUGCACACAGCCUCGGCGUUUGUCUGCGAUGUCUGUUUCUGAGAGAGUUGCUGCGGAAAGGGGAGAAAAAGUAGGAGAAACAGUAGGCUAUCAAGUACGGUUGGAUAGUAAACUAUCACCAAGUACACUUCUUCAAUUUUGUACCAAUGGUGUAUUACUCAGGUUAUUAAUGGUUGGCCACAAGUGUUUAUCAAAUAUAACACAUAUUAUUGUGGAUGAAAUACAUGAGCGUGACGUUUUCAGUGAUUAUUUAAUGAUUUCCUUGCGAGAUUUAUUAAAAACGUACAAAAAACUAAAAGUUAUUUUGAUGAGUGCAACACUAAAUAUCGAUUUAUUUAAAAAGUAUUUUGGUUCUUGUCAGUUUAUACACAUUCCUGGAAAGUGCUAUGAAGUAAAAUCAUACUUCUUGGAGGAUGUUCUUAAACAAACUGGUUAUGUAACAAAGGGUAUGAGAAAGUUGUUGCAGGAAAACGACAUACAGCUGUUUCAAGACGCUAUGAACGGGCUUGAUUUGGCCAGAAAAGAUCAGAAUGAAGUAAAUAGCAAAAUUAAAGAGAAUGCUUUGAGCAAAAGUGAGGAAAAGGCGAAAACAGUUGAAGAAGGUAGUGACAUGGAAAUUGAAAGUGAAAAUGAAAGUAACAGCCCUCCAAAAGAAGGUACUGUCAGUGACACUGAUACAAGAGAAGUAACCGAUUUAAAUGAAAAGUUGGAAAAUAUUGAUGAAACAAUUGAUAUUAAAGAUAAAUGUAGCAAUGAAAUUAAUGACAAGUUAGCCAAAGAUAAUGAUGUACCUCAAGAUGAUAAAUUAACUGAUGCAGUCAUAGACAGCGAAGAAGUCGAAGCAUACAAUGAUGACAAGGAGGACGAAGAAGAUGAUAUUCUUAUUGACGAUGUAGAAGUCGAAGAGAUGUCAAAGGAGAUGGACUCUUGCUUAGCACAGGCUUGGUUAAGUGGUGACGACGAGGCAUUUGAUCAAAUCAUUCACCUCAUCAUGAACGAAAACGUUCUUAUUGAUUACCAGCAUUCUGAAACAAAAAUGACAGCAUUAAUAGUUGCAGCAGCACGGGGAAAUUUAACACUCACAGAGCAACUUGUUGAGUUUGGUGCACAAAUUGAUAUUCAAGACCCAAAAAAUAAAAGAGAUGCAUUAGGUUGGGCCCACCAUUUUGGACAAAAUCAUGUUGCAGUAUAUUUACAAAGUCUUAUGUCAGAACAAAAUGAUGAAUCUGCAGACACUUCUGCAGAAACUGUUGAUGAUGAACUUGACGAGAACGAUAAAAGAAGGCUGGAGUUGUAUCACAAAUCUUUUGAUGACCAACGUGUAGAUCUUGGUUUGAUCAUGUCUCUUCUCAGUUACAUUUGCAAAAAAUCAUCCUCUCUUCAAGGAGCAAUCCUAAUCUUUUUGCCGGGAUAUGAUGAGAUUGUUUCAUUGCGUGACUGCUUAAGUGAUGACAAGGAGUUCUCUAAAAGAUCAAAGUAUCAGAUUUUGUUGCUUCAUUCUAUGAUAUCUACGAGUAACCAACGUAAAGUGUUUGCAAUUCCACCCAAAGGUGUAAGGAAAAUCAUUUUAUCAACUAAUAUAGCGGAAACAAGUAUUACUAUCAAAGAUGUUGUUUAUGUAAUUGACUCUGGUAAGGUAAAAGAGAAAAGUCAUGAUGCUGUCAGCUCAAUAUCAACAUUGCGAACUGUGUGGGUGUCCAAAGCUAGUGCUAUCCAGCGUCGAGGGCGUGCUGGUCGAUGUGCAUCAGGUUUCUGUUACCACUUGUUUAGUCAGGAUCGAUUCCACCACUUGCAAACAUAUCAGGACGCAGAAAUACUGCGCGUGCCAAUUCAUGACCUCUGUUUACAGACCAAAAUGCUAGCACCUGUUAAUGUACCAAUCAGUGAUUACUUAGCAAAGGCUCCAGAACCACCUUCGAAUUUGAUGAUACGGAAUUCUAUUCGUGUCUUAAAAUCUAUCAGUGCUUUAGAUGAAAAUGAAGACAUGACAGAUUUAGGAAAAUUGUUGGUGGAAAUUUCGAUUGAGCCGCAACUUGGUAAAAUGGUUUUUAUGGGUCUGUCAUUGAAAUGUUUGGAGCCUGCUAUUAUUAUUGCGUGCUGUUCUGCUUAUAAAGAACCCUUUUUGUUGCCUACAGUGGCGUCACAGAAGAGUUACGCAGCCUCUAGUAAGUUAAGGCUGAGCUCAGAUUCCCACAGCGAUCAAAUCGCAAUGCUUCGAGCAUUCCAAGGCUGGCAACACGCACGAAAGGAUGGUCGGGAGAAAUCUUACUGCUCCAGGCACUUCAUUUCACCAGGUACGAUGGAAAUGGUGCACGGUAUGAGACAACAGAUCUUAACGAGACUUCGCAGCUUAGGUCUGAUACGCUCGCAUGGAGCAGGUGAUAUUAAAGAUUUAAACAGAAAUAGCAAGAAUUGGGCGGUCAUUAAAGCUGUAGUUGGAGCAGGACUUUAUCCAAAUCUUGUGAAGGUUGAUCGAGAAAAUUCUGUAUUAGUAUCUGAAAAAGAAAAAAAGGUUACCAUUCACAACUCCUCGGUUAUCAUGGCUCGCAACGAAGACAAAGUGCAAAGUACAGUCAGUCGUGCAAACAAACUAAAAUCCAUUGUUUCAAGCCUUCCUUUUGAUUGGUUAACUUAUGAAGAAUUGUCUCGGCUAUAUUACUCUGUUCAAAUUAGGUCGGUGUCCGUUCUGUCUCCAGUCGCAGUAGCUCUUUUGGGCGGACAGUGUUUAUCAUACGAGCACAGUAGCUUAAGAUUAAAGUCAGGUCGUGAUAGAGAAGGUAAAAGAAACGAACGGAAUCGAGACAAUUUUUUUCAAGAGAGUGAUAGCGAACAGGAAGAUAGCAAUGACGAAAACACUAGUUUCUUUAAAAUCGACGAUUGGAUAACAUUUUCAGCUGACGACAUGACGUUAAAUUCUGUCGCCAUGCUAAGGGUCAAGUUUUUGGCUUUGUUUACCAAGCAUAUACAAAUUCCCGCUAAAUCUUGGAGCGAAGCUGAUGACGCCAUUGUGCAAUGUAUCGUAAAUAUUUUAACGAAAGAAGAACAAGCGGUCGGCUUAACAAAUCCAGCAACAAGAGACGUCGAAAAGAAAAUAUCUAACGAAUCUCGUCCCGACAGGUACUUGAGCCAUUAUGAUUCAUACUCGCAUUCAAGAGGAGGUUAUUCGCGAGGCUAUAGACAAGAAGCGUCAUCAAGAGGUAGGCGUCGAUACCCUCCACGUCAACAGCGUCGACGUCAUUUCAGUGACGAAAAAUCUUCUGAUAACGAUGAUGCAGGAAGCGAAGAAAUAGGUGAACAGAAACGUCGGUCGAAACGUUUCUUUAUUUUAAAGUGUAACAACGACCGUAACAUGACGAUAUCUUUUGAACGCAACAUAUGGGCGACAACGAAAAAUAACGAGAAAAAAUUGGAUCGAGCAUUCAGGGAAUCCGAUAGUGUUUACCUGAUCUUCUCCGUUCAAGGUAGUGGUCACUUCCAAGGGGUAGCGAAAAUGAAAACCAAUAUAAGUAAUCGAUUCUGUGAUGACUUCGGUUCGUCAAACCUUGGUGGUGUGUUUGAUGUUGAAUGGAUAAGCAAGGAGGACAUCGCUUUCCAGCACACGCAGCAUCUUACUAAUCCUUGGAACGACAACAAGAAGGUUCAGAUCAGUCGCGAUGCUCAAGAAGUUGAACCGAGUGUUGGGGAGCAGUUGUGCAAACUGUGGGAACACAUGCGUGAUAUCCCGAAAGAGCCUAUGGCACGCUCGCCUUCCGUAUCGCCCGUAAAUAGUCCUAUUAAGGAGAAAGAAGAAAAUCAAUUUUAUACCGGUACGGAAAUAUACGAUGAAAACGAAGCCUCCUACAUGGAAGGCUACCAAUUGUACAGCCCGCCUCCAUUUAGUCCGCAAUACAUGCCCGAAUUUCAACACGUACCACCACACUAUGCACCGCCACCUCCACCUAUGUACCAACAACCCUACCCAGUAUACGCAGCCACUGGUGGUAUGCCAGCAUACCGACCUGAUUAUUAUCAACUGCAGUACCCUCCACAAAGAAAUGGUGAUACGGGGGUGUAUGCAAGGGACGGUCAAUAUCAGGGUAUCAGACCUGACUCUCAAAACCGAAGUAAUUAUGGAACGUGAACUGUGUUUACUAUAUGAUUUCAACUCUUGUUUUAUUUGUUAGCAUUCAGAUUUUGCGUUAAAUUAGCAGUCUUUUAAUUCGCCCUUCUAAAAUUGUUUGAAACACGUAUAAAAUCCUCGAUUUACAGUAAGCACGACCAAUUUUUACAUGUGGGGCAGCCAUAUUAAAUUUUUUUGAGUUUUGCAGGAUUACAUACUCCUGCUGUACUUAUUAUAUUUUUAGAAUAGUUGUAAAACAAAUUUGUUUGGUGCUACUUUAGUUUGCCAGUUUUCAUGUGAUCCUUAUUUAGCAGAACUGUUUAUAAAGACGAAGAAAAAAACGCGGAAUGAAGUUUUUAUGGGCUAAAGGGGGAUGGAUAUACAUUGUUUUAAUUGUAAAAAUUCAGAGUAAAGCAUUUAUAGCUAGUCUUUAAAAUCCAAGGGAUCCAGCUUAAAAAUGUACUAUUUUCGUUAAUGUCUCGAAGUAUUUGAUUUAUGAGUUGUAGAAUAUUUAAUUUAGAAUGACUCGUUUUUGUCUUCGUAUGUUGACAUUCUUGCUUCACCAAUAUCUAUCGAAUAUUGUUCAAUUAGUCUUUUCUUGUGUUUUCAAUUCAUUCAAUUCAAACUUUUAACGUCCUAUAUUGAUGGUCGCUUGAUUGUCGUGAAAAAAAUCCCAUUUAUACAAACAUGUUUUUAUUUUGAGUUGUAAAUAUUGAAACGUAAAGGUCUGUUUACACUAAGUGACUAAAACGUCUUUUUAUUAUACAUGUUUUUUUUAUCGGAAUACGUUAGGUUUACCUUGCUCAGAUAUUCUUAAAAAAAGCGUGUAUGGCUGAAAUGGUAUUUAGUAGAGAAAAUAAAUUUUAGCAUA